CUGUCAAGAAAAAGCAGUUUUUUGUUGUUGUUUUUGCUCAGGAAGCACAAGGAAUGUUGCACACCAUACCUCUCUAUUGCCGGCACCGGGUUGGCUAUCUACAGCACAACGCAGCGGAGUUUCCUGUGCGGCUGCCUCUUGCUUGAGAGAUGAACGAACCACAAAAACCCAUCCAGCAGGAAGGGAUAUCCGGGACAAGRCGGCGGCUCGUGAAGGCAAAACACGCACGAUUCGCCAUUGGGGCGUGCUUGCUCUAUCUUGUUGGAUUCCACAUUUUGUACAACGCCAACAYCCGCAGUUUUCCCGAGGUCCUGCUGUACGAGACGAUUGCCGGAGGGGACUUUUUCAUCACAAAGCAACAACAACRACGACCACUACAACCACCACCGGAUGAUUCUCCCCCGGACAUCUUGYUGGAAUGGGAUGCUUCGAGGAUUCCCGGGUACCUUCCCGGAUCCAACCGCUCGUCGCUCUUUGGAUACGUCAUGCGCGACCUUUCGAGGCGGUUCCUCUCGCCGGUGUCCGACCAGCAGCGGCGGCUCCGGCAACGAGCAAAGCGUUCCCAUGGGUCGGCACCGACCGACCCACCGCUCUCGACGAUCCUCGUGGUGUCUCCCGGUGCCAACCGGCAGCUCUCGGGCUUGCUCGGCGAGGCGGGGGAAUCUAGUGAUGCCGGUGCGGACCACAAGCACGCGAUCCACCGACGAUUCGGAUACCGGAUCGGUCCCUCCUUUCUGGUAGAGAGCGUCUUUGGCAACGGUCCCCACGGGGUGAUCGCGGUGGACCCGGACACGGGGGCCACCUUCGACUACCACCCGGGAUCCGGCGCGACCGAGAACCACCGUGGGACGGACCGCAGCGUACUGCUGGCCGUCUUUGACCCGGAUCRGGGACGAGAAGAUUACGCGGUCCCGCCCGCAUGGGAAGAUUCCGUUCGGAACGGAUCGAUCGAGUACGCAACCUUCCGGAUCUCCUCCGCCACCGGCGGCUCGGGCGAUGCCACGACCAUGCGGGGGAUCGAGACGUUCCGCUUGUUUCGCGGGGAAGGGUACAAGCUCCAGGUCCUGUCGUCGUCCCACGCUCCCACCGAUGGGCUCAACCCCUACGGUCCCAAUACGCUCUUGAAGAACCAGGGGGACGUCGAAGAAUUCCUGGUGUUCGGCGUGGCAUUGGCCACGAAAGAAAACCACGCCCGCAGAAGCAAMGAUGGUGGCAAUYGCGUGUUUCACUCGAUCUUGUUUGCCACGCGAGGACUCGACCUGGCGAUCCCGUCCCGGAGGGAGUUUCUGAACACGACCGAUCGCAAAAACGACCACGUGGUGGACAUUGAAAAGGAGGGGAUUCCGUUCACGGAGUGUCCCGAUCGUGAAACGAUGGCCACCCUUCGAUUCCGCAACGAUGCACRGUUUGCCGGUUAUGGAACGAGCGUCGAUGGCACCGGCGGUGGUCACAACGACAGCGAGGACGACGACGACGACGAGUUGCAACUUUCCUGCUUCGGAAGGAAGGUAUCGGUACAAGAGACAAAUACUACCAUCGUGCUCUCAACGGAAGAGGAACGCGGUGCGAGUUUGUUUGUCGAACUCUGGCACAGCCACACAAACCUUUCUCUCUCGGAAGCCGCAUGCCUGAGAUGCACGAAACKCACAACACCGGAUGGGGAUGACUCCACCGAUGCGGGUACUAUUCGAAAUACAGCCGUCGAAGGCAAGUGCUCCACCCGGAUCCUACCCGAUCGAAUAUUUUCAGAAAGCAAGAUUCACACCCCCGUAACCGCCGAUGACAAUGAGAAACGCGGACCAAACCUGUUGGCAAUCGAACUCAGAGGUGUCCACCAUAAUAUGCUGAAUCUCUCUCUGUCUGGCUUCGAAACGGAACUGAAAAAUGUUGGACUGGAGCGUGUUUCACCAUUGAUAUCAAACAAUGGGUGGAAUUCUACAGCGUGGUGGAGCUCAGUGUCGGAAGGUAGUAAUGGUUCCGAUAUCGGUGGGCACCAGAGAUACCGUGGAAUCAAUCGAUGCGACCGCCAAACGCUCCUGGAUGGCYUUACAGAUGACGAGCUGGUACACCCGCAUCACGGUAGUCAAAUAAGCGGUAUGUUUUGUUUUGACUACGAUCGUCCCAAUUGUCUAUUUGGCAGGCAUGCUGCGACGCAUCUCUUGGAUCACGUCGAAGAAUUCAUAAGAACGAAAAUAGAUAAAAGAGAAAAAUGGGCGGCAUACAUAACUCUUGUAGACGGGGAAGAAGAAUCCGAGACUCUUGUAGGUACACUGAAGCUUCCAAUCAUUGCUUUUCUAUCAAGUCUCGCGUCUGAAAUGUCAUCGGAGGAAUGGUCCAACACUAUUGUUGCAAUUUAUAGUGACAAUGAACGACAGCCUGUACUUUUCUUGAAAACUGGCCAAUACAAYCAUGGYAUGACAAAAUUGAAGGAGGGGGGAAACAGCACUUUCGUUUGGGACUUGAAUUACUUUAUGCAAUCGAUACUAACCGCCAGAGACAUCGAAGACAUAGAGAAGGCAGUGCAACGCCACCUUAGGCUAGACGCUGCCGUUGCAACCACAGAUGCACCCCUUCGCAAUGUCGUGGAGAAACGCACACUUGCUAUGGACGAGCUUAUUGCACCGCCCUCUAUUCUAUCAUUUUACGCGGAUAUACCAAAAGAACAGAAGUUUCGGCUUGUCAAAUCGUCCGAUGACACCCCGAUGAAACGAGCUCUGGUUGUUAAAGGGUGCCAAUGUGCAACAAACAUGAGCCCCUGGUCUCCAUGUAACGAACAUCCAUGGGAUAGCAAAAACCCCAAGAUCCGAAGGUUUAAAGAGACGUUCAUUCUUGUCGAUUGUCCGGGCCAAUCUAUCCAUCUUGAAAUCGGCAUCGUCCGCAACAGAGUUCUGACUCAUCGUUCGAAGAAAAGGAUUGGUAAUUCGGCUCACUUGGACAACAUCAAUAUCAUAUUCUUGGAAUUAGAUUCGGUCAGUUUGGAGUAUGCCGACAGGCAUUUUCCAAAGACUCGGGAACUACUGAAAAAACAUCGAAUCGCACGGAUUGACGAUAGCGUCUUUGAAUGUCCCUCGGGCAUUUGCUCCGCAGAAUUUCCCUACACAUCAUUAGUCGGGGCAAAUUCCAUCCCAAAUCAAGUGGCAGCUCUUAGUGGAUGCGUUAGUGCACCUUUCUUUGAAACAUGCGGCAUGGCACAACCAAAGUUAGGUGAGAUCUGCCAUGACACAA